AUGCCCGACUCUCCUCUUUUAAGCACACUUCUUUCUUCAAACCCCUACUUUUCUGCUGGUGUUGGUGUACUGGGAGUAGGCGCUAGCCUAGCUAUCCUUCGUCAGGGAUUAACCCGUGGAAUGACCCUAGCUCGUCGUCAUUUAUUGGUCUCGUUGGAAAUUCCCUCGAAAGACAAAUCAUAUGCUUGGUUUUUACAUUGGAUGUCUAAACAGUCGAUAAGAAACGCGCAUCAACUUGCUGUCGAGACUUCUUUUGUGCAACACGAUAAUGGUAGUGUGAGUGCUGCUUUUAAACUUGUUCCAGAUAAUAAAAUGUUGGAUAUAACAACUGGAAGUCCUUGGGAAACCGUGACUCUCACAACCAUAAGUCGAGAUCGUAAUAUUUUCACGAAUCUAUUACAUGAAGCCCAGGAACUUGCUCUUGCUCAACAAGAGGGUAAAACGGUGAUUUACACAAGCUGGGGUCCAGAAUGGAGACCUUUUGGGUUACCACGAAAACGGAGAUCGCUGGAUUCCGUUAUAUUAGAUAAAGGUGUUAAAGAACGUAUUGUCAAAGAUGUUAAAGAUUUUAUUAAUAAUGGUAAUUGGUAUAACGAGCGAGGAUAUUUGUUAUAUGGUCCUCCAGGAAGUGGCAAAAGUAGUUUUAUACAGGCACUCGCUGGUGAAUUAGAAUAUAACAUAUGUAUUCUAAAUUUAAGUGAGGCUGGUUUAACUGAUGAUCGAUUGAAUCAUCUUCUGAGCAAUGCUCCAGAACGUAGUAUAAUGCUCUUGGAAGAUAUUGAUGCGGCUUUUAUGCCAAAGCGUGAGACACCAGGUUCAUCUGUAACAUUAAGCGGUUUGUUAAACGCGCUGGAUGGCGUUGCAGCCUCAGAAGAACGCAUAAUUUUCAUGACAACAAAUUAUGUGGAUCGACUUCAACAGGCGCUGAUACGACCGGGUAGAGUUGAUCUUAAGGAGCAUUUGGAUGUGGCAAGUGAUUAUCAGAUACGUACAAUGUUUUUGAGAUUUUAUGAGAAUGAAACUGAAUUAGCAGAAAGAUUUGUGGAGAAGAUUAGAGGAAAAGGAGUUAGUACCGCUCAGCUGCAAGGACAUUUUGUCUUUUGGAAAGAUGAUCCACGAGGAGCUGUUCAGAACGCAGAUUCUGUUACGCAGGGGUGGUAG